AUGGCGGCUUCCGCCUUCCUCGUCGUCGCCCCGGUGCACGCGCCGCCGCUGGUGCGCCCCCGCGUCGUCCCUCCUCCCCCCACCUGCGGCUGCCGCCGCUGCUCCGCUCCGCGCGGGGGACUCACCCUGCGCCCGCAGGCUUGCGCUUCACGCCGCCGCUGCAACCCGGCGAUCCGCCCGGUGAGGUUCUGUGCGGAAGUUGGUUCGGGGUGGCCCGUAGUGCUCACUCACUCAAUCAAAAGGGAGUUUCACAAGGGUAUAAGUGUCGCAAGGGUGGAUGGCAAUGCUGCUGGUCAAGUCAGUGUCGACGACGAUGACGAUGAUUUAGACCAUAUCACCAGCGAGACCGUUCGUGCUGCCAUAAGGAAAAGCAAGGAAGUGCUGGCAAGGCACAAGGUUAUAAUGGAGCAGAUAGCAGAAAAGAAGCACCUCACAGCUAUGCUUGACAGUUCCAUUCAUAAUGAGCAAGAGCCACUCAGUGGUCAGAGUGAUGGUUCCUUAGCAAACCUGAAUGCAAUUGCAGAGAGCACAGAGAUUGGCUAUGGCCAUCAGACAUACCAUGAUAGUUCUUCACAGCAAUCUGAAUUUGACACCACUUACGGAGAAUCCAUCUACAAUCAGAAUGAAUACUAUGAAAGUUUAAAAGAUGAUGGCAAUGAUUUCAGUGAGAAUUAUCAGCAUAACAGUUUUCCUAGAGCUGCUCGUAGUGUAUAUGAACUAGAAGCAGAUAAUGGUAUGAAACAAGAUUAUGUGGUACAACUAAGUCAAGUAAGCGAACAUGAGCAGUCAGUUAAUGAGGGAACAAAUGACAAUGCAUCUGGUGGAGUUGAUGUUAUGAAUGUCAUAUUGGUAGCCGCAGAGUGUGCUCCUUGGUCCAAAACAGGUGGCCUUGGGGAUGUUGCUGGAGCUUUGCCUAAGGCUUUGGCCAGGAGAGGUCAUCGUGUCAUGGUAGUAGCUCCAAAAUAUGGUGAUUAUGAGGAAUCACAAGAGAUAGGAGAGCCAAGGAAUUACCAAAUUGCAGGGCAGGAUAUGGAAGUAAAGUAUUACCAUGCAUACAUAGAUGGUGUGGAUUUUGUUUUCAUCGACAAUCCCGUCUUCCACUAUGUUCAGAGUGAAAUUUAUGGUGGGAACCGAACUGACAUCUGGAAACGAAUGGUUUUGUUGUGCAAAGCAGCUGUAGAGGUUCAAUGGUAUGUUCCAUGUGGUGGCUUCUCCUACGGUGAUGGAAAUCUUGUGUUUAUUGCAAAUGAUUGGCAUACUGCACUUCUACCUGUUUAUUUAAAGGCAUACUAUCGUGACAAUGGUUUUAUGCCAUAUGCCCGUUCUGUUCUUGUGAUACACAACAUAGCACAUCAGGGUCGUGGCCCGAUAGAUGAUUUCAGUUACCUGGAUUUACCAGGUCAUUACAUGGAUCAGUUCAAACUUUAUGAUCCAUUUGGAGGUGAUCAUCUAAACAUUUUUGCAGCUGGUAUUAGAGCUGCUGACCGUUUGCUUACCGUUAGUCAUGGUUAUGCAUGGGAGCUAAAAACACCUGAUGGUGGUUGGGGCCUUCAUAGUAUCAUUAAUGAAAUUGAUUGGAAAUUCCAGGGUAUUGUAAAUGGUAUUGAUAAUACGGAUUGGAAUCCUAGGCAUGAUGUCCAUCUACAAUCUGAUGGGUACGCCAACUAUUCUCUAGAAACCGUUCAGACUGGUAAAGCACAGUGCAAGGAAGCACUACAGAAAGAGCUCGGCCUCCCAGUUCGUGGUGAUGUUCCAGUCAUUGCUUUUAUUGGACGGUUGGACCAUCAAAAAGGUGUAGACCUGAUAGCAGAGGCAAUGCCAUGGAUUGCUGGUCAGGAUGUACAAUUAAUUAUGUUGGGUACUGGAAGACAAGACCUUGAAGAUACAUUGAGGAGGCUGGAGAGCCAGCAUUAUGACAAGGUUAGGGGCUGGGUUGGGUUUUCUGUCCGGUUGGCUCAUCGGAUGACAGCAGGGGCUGAUAUACUAUUGAUGCCGUCAAGGUUUGAGCCAUGCGGGCUGAACCAGCUAUAUGCCAUGAUGUAUGGGACUGUCCCUGUAGUUCAUGCAGUUGGAGGUCUCCGCGACACAGUCGAACAUUAUAAUCCCUAUGAGGAGGUUGGAGUUGGAUGGACUUUUGAGAAAGCAGAGGCAAACAGAAUGAUCGAUGCCCUAGGGCACUGCUUGAACACAUACAGAAAUUACCGGAGCAGUUGGGAAGGUAUCCAACGGAGAGGGAUGAUGCAGGAUCUAAGCUGGGAUAAUGCUGCUAAACUCUAUGAGGAAGUUCUUCUUGCUGCCAAAUAUCAGUGGUGA